GCUGUCAUACCUCUGCUCACGCGCACACGUUAAUAAUGACGUCACUUGAGACCUCUGACUUGCGCUUGAAACACAUUUUCAAAUAGUUUAGCUGGAAAACAUGAAAAGCAGUUAUUUUUGUGUCGCCUCGGACAGCCAGUGCGCACGCGCCAAAUGCGUCGACGUCAAGUGCAUGUGAUAAUGAUUGGGGAGAAGGCACGUGCACAAUGUCCACCGCGCGGUCGUCCACCUGUUCGAGUGUAGCCGGCAAAACAUUUAGCUUUCGUUUGAAGUUUGUGUGAAAUGUAUCUCCGAGUCUGUGAAUCAGCCUUUAAAAUAACCAGUUAGUGUUAGUCACCACAGGCAACUCGGACAGACAUGGACUUCUUUCUUUAUAGGAAAUAAACCCAGCUUCAUUACAGCGAGCUGUCGGGGUUAUCUGCGUUAACAGAACCCUCGUACAAGCUGCUGACAACUUUGUAGGCUGUAGGAAACGAAUGGUGGACAUAGCAGCUGGUCCUGUUUAAGUGUCUGCUGUCCCCCUUUUAUCUAACUCUGCCGGACUGCUUCUUCUUCUGCAGGAUGACUGCUCCCCAAGGUUACUUGCUUCAAAAGUGUCUCAGGUGCCUAAAGACAGACCAUGAUGAGGAACAUAGAAGCUCAAGCUCCCGCAUGAAGUGCGAAAGGGCGUAAAGGAUGGCACAGAGGCUCUUAUCGUGUCAGCACAAGUGUCCCUAAACACCAAAUCCACAGUGGGAGAAGUCUGCCACAGCCGACAGGGCCCAAGCUGCAGACUGCCACGGUGAGAGAAACCACUAAAGCUGGUUGAGAACAGCAGGGCUCCUGUGGGACUGACAGUUCCAGGCAGACGAGCAGCUGCCGGUAAACCAACCAUAUAACCAUAGCGGUGUGUGACAAGGAACAGAAAACCACAGUUGUGAUAGCCUGGCAAUCCCCAGUGGACGGCAACAUCAAGAAGAAAGAGCACAUAAGGCAAGAUAACUCUCCUUUGGAAAUGACCAACAUAAAGUCCAAAUCGCAGAGCCAGAGCGAUGAGGCCGAGGGCCCGGAUGGAGGCUGGGGCUGGGUGCUGGUUGUCGCCAUGUUUGUCAGCUCGAGCCUCGUGUUCGGCCUGAUGCGGAGCCUGGGCAUCUUCUUUGUGGAGUUCGUUCAGUACUUCGAGGAGAGCGCCCAGGCCAUCUCCUGGAUCUCGUCCACCGGCCUGGCAGCUCAGCAGUUCUUCAGUCCACUGGCCGCUGCACUGUGUAAUGCUUACAAUCCCAGAGUGGUGGUGAUGACGGGAGGCUUUCUGGCCGGGCUCGGCCUCACACUUGCCUCGCAGUCCACCUGUCUCGUACACCUCUACCUCACGAUGGGAGUAAUUUCAGGUUUUGGAUGGGGGAUGGUCUUCACUCCCAUGGUGGCCACAGUCAUGGCUAAUUUCACUCGCCGGCGUGCCCUGGCUCUGGGACUGGGGUUCUCCAGCAUCGGCCUCUCCUCCUUCGCUUUCAACCCGCUCUUUCAGCUGCUGGUGGAGACGUACGCCUGGCGAGGGGCCCUGCUGAUCCUGGGGGCUCUCAGCCUCAACAUUGUACCCUGCGGGGCGCUGAUCCGUCCACAGCGGCGCUCUAAAGCACCGGCAAAGGUGGAUUCAGAGACAAAGUCAUGUGCGUCCAUGCUGCGGCGCAUCGCCUCUUACCUGGAGCUGUCCCUGCUGACUGAGAGGCCCUAUCUCACUUACACUUUGGGCGUUACUCUGUUUAACGUCGGCUACUUCGUGCCUUACUUCCACCUGGUGGCCCACAGUCGCCAAGUUGGCUUCUCAGAGUACCAAGCUGCCUUCGUUAUGUCAGCUGCAGGUGCUUCGGACAUUUUGGGGCGCGUAGUGUCGGGCUGGUUCUCCGACCUGGGCCACUUUCGGGUUGUUCAUUUACUGACCUUGUGGACAGGCCUAGCAGGAGUGUUUAUCAUGCUGCUGCCAGUGAGCUCCAUGUCUGGCUCCUACGCCGCUCUGAUGGUGAUCAGCCUGCUUUAUGGCUUCUGCUCUGGGGCUUUGACCUCCGUUGUUUUUGCAGUGGUGCCCAUGAUUGUGGGCGUGGAGCGCACGAUGGGGGCACUCGGACUGCUGCAGCUCAUCGAGAGUGGUGCUGGACUUCUGGGGACUCCUUUGUCAGGAUUCCUGAAGGACGUCACAGGAAACUACAUCGCCUCCUUCAUGGUGGCCGGCUCCUUCCUCGUCCUCGGUAUGCUGACCAUGACCACCCUGCCUCGCUUUUUCUCCUGUACUGAUCCACCGCCUCCUCAAAGACGUUCCCUCGAUGCCAAAGAGAAAGUUUUGGAUUUAGAGCUGGAGCAGAUGAAUAGUUCGCCCUCUGACAAAAAACACACAGUGGAGUCGAAUGAUCCAGCAAACCCAAAACUGUGUUAGUAGAUAGAGCCUUGCACAUUCUGAGCACACAAUCAAAUUGCAUCCUGUUGCACACCUCCGUGAGCAACGAUGUAUUCAUGUCAUACCUCAGAGACUCAGUGAAAGAUGAAGCUUCCUGUGAAACUCGUAGCAGCUGUAAGGGAGCGGCGAGCUCCUCCCUCUGUUACAAAUACGAACCUCAGUUUAACGCUGGAGCCAGAACCUUCUGCCUUAAAGAAAACUGGACAUUUUUUAAAAAAUUCACGUGACUGUUUUUGACAUGUGACAUGCAAAGUGAGGUGCUGUUGUUUUUUAAUUAAUCAAUUUUUAUUAUUAUUUUUUUUCUUCAUGUGAACAUGAAACCUGAGUCUGACUUUUCUGCCGAAGACUGGCCAGGAUCUUUUAUAUUUGCACACACAUUCUUUGAAUGUGGCACAGCUCGAAAAUUAAGCAAAUGCUUGAUCAUCACAGCUCAGUUGAGUAACAACUCAGUUAAACUUCAGGGACGUCGGUCCGUGCUGUCAAGAAGCAUCCAUGAGUCCAUUUCACCUGCUUUAAUACAAAUGAAAUCAUGCUCUCAUUUUCCCUCCUGACCUGCUCGUGUCAUUGUUGGUAGAACGAGUGUGCAACUGCAGCCAGUUCAGCUUCCACAGGUUUGCAGAGUCCCCCAGCACAGUCUGAAGGGAGAUACCAGGAGACAGGCUGUUACUUGAGGAGAGCUGAAGGCGAGCACUGCCAGAGCUACAAAAAUGACCUAAUGUAUGAUAAGGACCGAAGCAAAAAGCAACACUAGAGAAAAGUCAGGAGGGAGCGAGCAGUGGUCCUUUUUUUUUUUUUUUUUUUUUUUUUUAAAUGGGGUUGUUUCCUCUGCAGAGCAUCUGUCGUCACUUUGGUUUACGUUAGAGCAGGUGAAGGGAUUCAGUGGUUUCUCCUUCCUCUGGACAAAUAGAUACACCUGAACUUUACCUGAAUUCGUGUUAGACACCGAUGGUCGAGUGCUCUCCUCAUUUAUUAUUUUGGUGUAGAUACCCUCCAUAAAGUGAGUCACUUUUUUUUAAAUUUUGCACCAUCAAUUCAUACACUUUUACUAGCUUGGCAUGACAGGACUAAUGUGUGAAACGUUAGCUCCCUGACCUGAUCUGCACGUGACAAUGUUUUAAUUCGGAGAAGCCCAGUGAAUUGAGCUUAAAACCAGUGGCACACUGGUUUUGGUCGAGUUACUGACAGGUCCUGUGAAAGCUUUUUCAAGGUUAUUAUAGUUAAUUAAUACUAAACCUAUGCAUGGCAAAAACUUGCAUCACUUCAGUCUGAGAAGCAGCCUCCACAUUAAGGCUGGAGUCUAAAAAUUAUUCUGAAACUGAUUUUGAAAAAACUAAAAUAACAUUUUUAAACAAGAAAUUAAACAAAAUAAAUUUCAGCUCGUUGAAUAGGAUAUGAAACUAAUGUAAAAACGCUACAAUACAUGUGUUUUUUGGACUUUUUAUAUUCUUAACCCUGUCGUGCCAAGUGUAUCACACAUGAGCUGAUGUAUGAGUUUGUAACACUUCUAUAUCGUUGUCAUCAUCAACAUUAAAAGCUUAAUUAAAUUGCAC